AUGCAGUCCGUCGCUCGCGUGGGCUUGUGCAAUGUGAGCUCGUUGCGCUGUCGCGCUGCCCCCGCUUUUGCAUCCUCGUCACGCGUCUUUGUCGAGACACGCCGGCCAUAUGCUACUGGCCCAUUAGGGUGGAUUGGUGAGGCAUUGUCGCCCAACGUACGGAAGAAGCAGUCGGAGGAGGAAAAAGAGGCGGCGCGACGACAGCAGGCGCAGAAGGGCACCGGAGGGCUUCUAGACGCGAGCCUUGUCGAGCCGGUCGAGAAGGCGAAGGCGCCUGCUCCGAUCAGGACUGCCGAAGAAAUUGCGCGGGCCAGAGCAGCCAAGAAGGCCAAGGAGGGACCGUCCGAUGUCACUCACAAGUACUCUACCACGAACUUCAAGCAUUCGCACCGCAAGCUGAACAAGCUCGGGAACCAGAUUGCUGGCAAGCCCAUUGACCUGGCCAUCGUCCAGAUGCAGUUCAGCGAGAAGCGCAACAGCAAGCGCAUCAAGAGCAUGCUUGCGACGGCCAAGCAGCACGCCACGAUGAAGGGUCUGGACCCGGAGCGUCUGCUCGUCUCGGAGGCGUGGGUGAACAAGGGUCCCAUUCUGAGCAGGUACAGGCGAUACAGGAGCCGCUCGCGCUGGAGCAUCGGCAAGCGCCCGGCCGCGCGUAUGCACGUCGUGUUGAAGGAGGGCAAGACGCGCGAGGAACUCGUCAAGGAAUUGCGCGAACGCAGGCUGAACAAGAUCGUAUCCGCGGGUUAUACCCGGGAAGACGUUCCCCUGCGCAACCCCCCACCGAUGUGGGCGUGGUGA